UUCUCCAGUCUUUCCUGUCCUCAGCAGUGCCUCUUCGCCCGCAUUCUGUGGACUCCUGCCCUCUGCCCUGUUCUUAUCGCUUCUCCUUGGUGUUGCUGCCACCCAGGGCUCUCUAGUCAGAAAUGCUCUUGACACAGGGACAAAAACGCCCAGGAAAGACAGCUCCUUCCGUCACCUUUCCAACACGUCCACAGACCACCCACUUGGUAAGAACAGACGGCCAUAAUGGAAACCAAAUCUCCAAAGAGUCCAGGCAAGCAACUCACAUUUUAUUAUGAAAAUGAAGUCUAUAAACAAGAUUACUUUAUUAAGUCACCACCUCCUCAGCUUUUCUCCUCCGCAACCUCUUGGAAAAAGCGUUUUUGUGUCCUGUCAAAGAAUGGGGACAAGGGUCUUACUCUUUCCUAUUACAAAGACCAUCACCAACGAGGUUCCCUCGAAAUUGACCGAAAUGCCAGCGUCAACGUGGGUAUAAAUAGCCAGGAAAAGCUUCAAUCUGUGCAGAGGAUGUUUAAAUGCCACCCGGAUGAGGUGAUGUCCAUCAGAACCACUAACAGAGAUUACUUCCUCAUCAGCCACGACAGGGAGAAGAUUAAAGACUGGGUCUCUUUCAUAUCAUCGUUCUGCCGUGGUGCCCGAGCAGCUCACCAGAACACCCAGGAGGGACACUCACUGGGUGAUACAAGGCCGGUUUCCUACCCCAGCCCUGUCUUUGGUCCUUCCAGUGUGAUGGAGGCUGUGAGCCCCACCUCGCCACGAAACAGCCUUCCACACAUGUACUUAAUGGAAAAAAGUUCUCCAGGAUUCAAGCAGGCUCAUCUUCCACGUGAUUUCUUGUCAGAGACCACUCAAGACACACAAGAAGAAAGUUAUUAUCUUAGUCCUCGAAGUGUUCUUUUAGAGUUGGAUAAUGUUAUUGAUUCCAAUGAUUCUGGUGAAUCCAUUGAACCUGGUAGUGAAGACCAGGUCCCCAAGACAAUUGAAUGCCAUUACAUGUCAAUGAAAUCCUGUUUUUUCAAGGAUACGCUCAAUGCAUCUGCUGACUGCCCAGAGAAGGCCCAGACCUUUCCAGAGCCCCAGGAUGGAGGCACCCAACUGCAGGAACCAGAUUCAGGAAGUGAUCUGUGUCUUUCACCUGCCAAUCCAGGAACACAGGCCACGGAUGAUAAGAAGGGAUCGGCCUCACUGACUGUUGUGAAAUUGUCUAUAUUACUCAACAACAUCCCCGAUGAAAGCCACUUAGAGACGCUUGACGUGUUCCUUUCUCCGCCAGAUGUCAUCAACUAUCUUGCUCUUGUCGAAGCAGCCGGACGGAUAUGCGUGGCCCGGUGGGAAGGCCCCCCACAGCUGGGAUGCGUAUUUUGCCAUGGAGAUCAUGUCUUGGCUGUGAAUGACCUGAAACCCCAAAGCCUGGAGGAGGUCUCCUUGUUCCUUACCCGGUCCAUACAGAAAGAGAAAGUAAAGCUGUCCAUCGGGCGGAUCCCAAAUUCAGAGAAAUUUCAUGCUGAGGCCUGUACCUGCCUCUUAAAACACCAAGGAGUUGCACUGAUCCAACAGGAGAAGUCUGGACUGCAGAGGGCACCCAAGAGGAGCCCAGCCAUCAAAAAGGGCCAGCAGAAAGGGACUGGGGAGUAGCCAGCCACCACCUCACUGCAGCAGAGGAUAGAGCCCUGGACUGUGCCAGGCGCGGCCACUCAGGCCGGUGAUAUGAGACACGCUAGCACACCUCUCUCAACUGCUGCACCUGCACCUUACCUGGGGGAUAACUGUCCCUGCUCUGACUGUGGCCUCAGGGGUGUUGAGAGGGUCAAGUGGGAUAAUGACUAGGGAACACAGUGAAAAUGGAAGGCCUUGUUAUCUGAGACUCUGUCCCAAAUACUGCAAACACAGACUGGGUAAGUCCCUCAUCUUAUUAGUACACACUGUGUUCUGUGAGGUCGUUGUCACACAAUUGCUUUUUUGUUCAGGAACAUCCAUUUGGAACUACUCAUUCCAGGAAGGCAAGAUUCCCCGGAGACAUGCGAGACCCUUGCAGCCUUCCCAAACACCUCCUGUGACUCAUCAGCCCCAGAGUCCAGAAAGUGGCCCGGGUGGCCACUUGGAUCCAAUGCAUCUCUUGUUUGCUUAAAGACCCAGAAAUGAUUUUAGAAGUCAAAGCAGUUUCAGGUUCCAUCCAAGAGUGCCCUACUUGCUAUGCAAGUAAAAGGAGAACUACUUAGCGCUUCUAAUUUGAAAGCUCUUAGCUAAUUGGUGCAGUAACAAAUUGAUCCUGGGAGGCCCAAAGAAUCAAAUGCUUUUUCAUAAACAAGCCGAGGGCGAAAGCUGAAGCACUAAUCAAAUCGGGGAACAUUAGAGCAAAAGGGGCUUCAGAAAGUGAAUCUUACCAGGCUGUCAUUGCACAGGGAAGAAAUGGAGGCCCCACACUGUGGGUCAUGUGCCUUCUCCACAGCUCUGAGGCUCACAGCUGCUUAGUGGCAAAACCAGCAAUCUACAACCAGCUCUGGAAAACAAAUAUCCUAACUUACACCUUUGAUUUGGAUAAGAUUAGAAAAGACCUUCAGUGCUUAGAAGACACAUUCAAAUGUUUCACUUUCUAAUGUCCUGAUUGUCUAGAAAGUAAAAAUGUUCUCAUUUACAUGGCCUAUUUGACAACUGCCUCUACUCCUAAAAAGGUAUCCUAUAGAAAUGCACACACAAAGAUAUCAGUAAAAACCAGAAAGUUUAUUGUCACAUUGUAAUAUUGCUUGUGGUAAUAAAAAAAUCAUUUGGAAA